AGACCUUGUUCUUUGUGUACUCCAUAGUUGGCCAAAUAUCCUCUCCCUCUCUACCCGUUGAUCUCUUCCCAUUUCAUAUAUCGUUAGCACUUAUCUUACUUUACUCAACGUCCCUCCUGUUGAGCUUACAUGUCAGUCAAAAGAUUGUUUCCCUCUCCCCGAAGGCUAAUAAGACAUUAUGGUCCUUGAUAGUCUGACCUUUGUAUUAGUCAAUACAUUCCCGUCGAUUCCCCCUUUUUCUUCCUCUCUCUCUCAGUUCUCAGCUUUUGGAGCAUACCGAACUGUGUGGCUACCUGAGUCCGUGUCAUAUCUUCGCAUAGAAUGCGACAAUUUGAUAACCCCAAACUGUGCUUUCAUUAGCCUCUUUAGACGUUUAGUUACUCCGCGCCUUUGCAGCGAAAGGCUUCGUCAAGCAGUAUAUACCUCUUCUGCAACCACCUGCAACACCUUUUCAUUUACAAAAUGACAGGCCUAUUUGUUGGGCCCGUACCGCCACGUGAUUUCCUCCUUGACUUCCUGAAGCUGAAGUCACUACAGAAGCCGAAGGCGCGGCUAAAAGUCGAUUUCUCCCAAGUGCCAUCCGUGGGAGUCGAAAGGGAUACAUACGAGCCUAUAUGCAAUGCCAUCAACAAUUCUGACGUCUGCCCUGGCUUCAGGUUGAUCGACAUUUCGAGCUCAAUGGACGACAAUAAUGUUCGACUGCGCCCGGACCUCGUACUCGUACCAACUGACGCUGAAGACCUGAUGGACUAUACCAUUACGGAAUUCUUCGUCGAGGCAAAGUUCAGCGAUUUCAUGGACCCCUUCUACGACGUCCAGGACACAGCCCUGGACGAUACCGAGGAGAAACCGACGGUAGACAACGCGGACGCUCUCGAACAGAUCACAAGCUAUGCGGCCACAUUGUUAGCCCGGCAGCACAGAACAUUUGCGUUCUCUAUCGCCAUCUACGGCCAGUAUGUUCGCUUCUUCCGGUGGGACCGCGCUGGGUGCAUUGUCAGCGAUAAAUUUAGCUUUCUCGAAGACUCGGACCUCUUGGCCGACUUUCUCUGGUGCUAUGCCCAUAUGACACGCGAACAACGUGGCUUCGACCCUACUGUGGUGCCUGCUUCUGCUGCAGAAUCCAAACUGCUCUCUGAUGCUCUGUCGCGUUACAUUGAGGAGUCCAAACCCCGCGAUGUCAGCUAUCUCCAACCCAAACCUGACUCAACCUAUCCGAUCUCCAAGAUGCAGAUUCCAAUGACGAAGGGCGUUCGCGAUCUGAUUGUUGGCAAACCGUUCUGGGACGCUGACUCUCCUGAUCGGACGACGAGCGCAUACGCAGCGUACGAUAUGGUGGACAAGAAAAUCGUGUUUGCGAAGGACUCUUGGCGUGAUGAGGAUGAAGGCAUGCUUUCGGAGGCUGAGAUCUAUGAUAUACUCAAGAAGAACAAUGUGCCCUUUCUCCCCGAAGUCAUCGCGGCUGGGAACGUUUAUGUGAAGACCAAGAAGAAGAAGGUGUAUCAGAGGACACUUAUUGAAAAAUGGUACACUUCUAACAGCAGAUCAUUACUGUGGUGCCUACCAUCUACGGAUCUACGAACCCUGGUGCAUUGCAGGGUCGUUCAAGAACUCGCCUAUCCUCUCACGUCUGCGCUCUCAUCGAAGGAGGCCGUUCAAGCCAUUCGCGAUGCGAUCGAAGCUAUCAAAGUUGCGUACCAUGAUGCUAAAAUCUUCCACCGCGACAUCAGCACUGGGAACAUCAUGAUCAGUAAAUCGGGUCGCGGAAUCCUCAAUGACUGGGAUCACGCACUAAAAGUCAUUCUCAGGGACACACCCCAAGGGUAUCGGGUAGGCACCUGGCAAUUUAUAUCCGUCCCGUUACUGCGGCGUCCCAAGAAAGGCCAUGAGGUGCACGAUGACCUGGAAUCGUCAUUCUGGGUGUUACUUUACAUUUCUCUUCAUUAUUUCAAACACACCAAACUUUUCGACGUCGACUUCUUCAAUGAAUACAACGAGUACAGCCGAAAGGACAGUUCAACUCGCCACGCGUAUGGAGGUUUAGCAAAGAAGGAUUUCCUGUCCGGGACACUACGAGAUGUGAAAUGGACGUGUGCACCUUUGACCAAACUUUUACACAAGUUCGGCGAUCUGUUCGACCAAUAUCAAUUCUAUUAUGGGAGGCGGGAUCGUGAGGAACACGCAGCCUCCUUCACGGACAUCCAGAAUCAGCUCGACCAGGUGGAUAGUGUUUUGGAUCUUUUUGACACUGCUCUGGCAUCGGAUGAAUGGCCGGAGAACGAUGUGCUGCCUGAUCAGUAUAGCCGGAACGACGAGAAGAAAGAGACCGAGGAACAUCAUCAUUUGAAGUCACAGGCAGUUGCUCCUGCUCGAGAGAGGAAUCCUGUUCCCGUCGCUGGCAUUGCUUCUCCAGUUUCGAUACCAAAUCGGUCUGCUAUCUCCGCAGCACGUUCUAGCACUCCCUUAGUGCAACAUAGCAAGGAAGAGCAACCUCCUGUACUGGAAGCUGGGCCUUUACAGCUUCCCGUGGGUUCUUGCAGUACAGGGAAGAGAACAAUCGAUGAAGUGCCUGCAGAGGUGUCAGUGUCCAAGCGGGCGAAGACCGCGGCGCGAAGGCCAUUGAAACGUGCACCCAGACCCCCGCCUCCCGAGCGACCAGUGGUGGAACAUCGAUAUCCUACGCGUUUCAAGUUGAACGCUUCCCGUCAAGCCGGUGCUCUGAGCAACCAUGCAGACAUCGAAAUGCAGGAUACUCGACGCCGGAAUCCCUCUCGGUCAAGUGCAAAGUCGAAGUUGCACGAGACGCGUCGCCAACAGGUUGCUCCUAGUAUCCAGAAGCCGACAAAGGAGAAGAAACAGACAGGUCGAAAGGUUAAAAAGCCGACAAAGUCAACGGAAGCUGGUGGUAGUCGAUCUCAAGCGAGGACAAGUACUCGUCGGCGACGUGGUUGAUUGUUCGCCUGCAUUUUAGAAUCUUUCCUGGCGGCAACACUACGUAUCGUAUUCACUAUGGUCCCUGGCGUCUUCGGAAUUAGCCAGGCUUCGCGUUUGUAUUAUCUACUCGCUUGGAGUGGAUAUUGGGCCAAAUCAAUUCACUAUUUCUGGGCAACUAGUCGUCGAUCAUCUUGUGGAUGGUUCAAGAUCACAUGAAACGUGACUGCGAUGCUGAUGCGUUGUUUGUCCAGUAUCGAUACUUCCCCCCUAAUUAUAAGAGACAAUUAAGUACUCAAAUGGAUAAAAGUAUCGAAGCAUGGAAGCAAGUCAACUGGGAUAUACU